CGACAGUCACUUCGGCAUCUGUCAGCUCAUGGCCACCCCUCGCGCACCGUCUUCGUUAUCCAAGGUUCUUACCCAACUCAAGAAGACGCCCGCACCAUCGCUUCCUGCUGCCAUAAAGUCAUUGAAACUGACACUUGCAAGGCGAAAUGCUCAUUUCGGCGCACGGCAUUUCUUGAAGGAAGAGGUACCGCGAAUAGCGUAUGUUAAUCCUUCCUUAGUCAUAGAAGUCGAGCGCAAAGAGAAGUCCAAGGAGGAGGAUUGGGACCCGGAACUGGUCGUUCAAUAUGCUGACGGGAGUACACACACGAUUAACAUGCAGCAGAAACAUUCGAGUAAAAUUCUCGCAGAGUUACUGGCACUCAAUGAUGCGGGUCCGAAACGGUCACGAUCUUCAAUUACUGUUUGACUUUUCCAGUGCUGGAUCCCUGCGAAUCCACGUAAACAAUACAUGAAAAAACUGUAACUACUAUAUUUGAUACCUCGAACCAAUUCUGCUUUGCAACGGCACCUUCACUGUCUCAUCG